AUGUUUGUUUAUUUUUUAUUUUUGGUUUAUUAUUCAUUUUUUCUAUGCCCCAUGAUUAAUUUACUUGACCUUAAAGAGUUAUCACUUAAGAAAUACAUAGCCACACUUUUAUUUUAUACAUUGGUAAAUAUUGUUAUGUUUUCUACAUUAAUAACACAAUACUAUGUUAAAAUUACUGAACAUAUUUCUGUUUAUUGUAAUAUUACAAAUGUGUACAGAAAAGCAUUAUUUUACUCCAUUAUUGCAAACAUUCCUAGGAUUUAUUUUUUAAUAUUUACUGAUUUGUAUGGACAAGAUACUUUUGUAAAUGGAUUUACUACUUCUUACAUGUCUCUAGGAAUAGGAAUAAUAAUUGUUUUUACACAAUCAAAAUCUUUUGUGCAUUUCGAAAGUUUUACAAAAGAUUUAUUCGCAUUAACAGGUGGUCUUCUAAUUCAAAGCCUUUAUAUCAACGAAGAAACUUAUACACAAGUUCAUAGAAAUUUCGCUGCAAUAACAUUUGCUUUUUAUUUUUUUUAUACUUUACGAUUGAGACAAUUAUAUAGGCGCACAGAACCUGUUGUCUUACUUAAUAUGCCAUAUUGGAUUCUUAAAAAAAUUAACGAAUAUGUAACAAGACACAUUUAUGAUUUAUUGAUUCUCAAUUUAGAUAAUUUACACAAGCAGAGUUUGUAUACUAGUGUACAAACUCUUAUAUCUCCCGCUAUUAAUGCUAGUGUAUUUAUUUUAUACUUUAAGCCUUUAAUAGGACCUAGAGAAAAAAUUAUUGCACUUUUCUUAUCUUUACUUUUCGGUGUAAUUUUAAUGAAAUCUUCCAAAAAGCAACAUCUUCAGAUAGUAAAUUAUAUUUACGGGUUAUUAUCAAUAAUGUUUUACACUGUUAUUUUUACUGAUAGAUUUAAAAUACUAAUAGAUUCUAAAAUAUGUAAUAAUAUAAAUAUAAAUUACAUAAAUACAGUAAUAACUCCAUUACUAAUCGGACUACCUGAACUUUUAAAUUUGUACUACCACUCUAGAAAAAACAAUUCUACUAUGGCGGUGUGUUCAAUUUAUAAUUCUAUUAUUUUGACAUCUUUGUGUUUUAAUCCAAUAGAAAAGUUAAUAUCAAAGCGUUAUUAUUUAGUAAAAUAUAAUGGGAAUAAGAUUAGCAUAUCUUUUGCCGCAAUUUGUAUAGCAGUUACCAAUUUCAAUUACGCGAUGAAGAGUCAGAAGCUGAGUAAAGAUUUAGGUGUUAUUUUAAUGAUUAUUUAUUUUUUGUUCAAUUUGACUUAUAUACUCGAUUAUAGAAAAUUUAUUGUGAAUUCAAAAGUAAACUAA